AUGCCAGGACGUUUCGGCCAGAAAAUCCUCCAGACGUUCGGCCUGGAGCAUCAGCAACAACAACCUCAGGCAUACCAACUAGUCGGGAAUCGGUUCCUCAACGACGAUGAGCGCCAUAUCUCCCCAACCCCCCGCGGCACAUACCCCCGUCUAGCUCGCUUGGGCGAUGGCUCGCUGCUAGGCUCCUUCACUCGAUUCGAAGGCAAUACGCGGGUCCUAUGCGUCUCCCGGAGUGUCGACGGCGGACGGACCUUUGAAGACAUCGGCGAGGUGACGCGGGGCGACGGAGACGUCGACAACAUGUUUCUCCUGGAGAUAGCCCCCUCGACUAUCCUGGCAGCCUUUCGCAACCACAGUCUGGGCCCAGAGGGCCCAACUCAUUUCCGCAUCACCGUCUGUCGAUCCACGGACGGCGGCCGACAAUGGCACUUCCUCUCGCAGGCCGCAGAGAAAGGGGCCCCAAUGGGUCUCUGGGAGCCGUUCAUGCGUCUAGGGCGCCAGGGCGAGGUGCAACUCACCUACUCGCAGGAAUUUGCGCACAACAACCAAUGCACGAUGAUGGUGCGGUCGUUCGAUGGCGGCGCAACGUGGUCGCCCCCGCAGUGUCUCCACGGUGACCAGGACCUGCUGCGGGACGGCAUGAAUGGGAUCGCGCCGACGUACGACAACGGACGCGAGGCUCUCGUCAUGGUGUUCGAGACUACCACCUUCGGCACGUUCUGUAUCGAGGCGCUCAUCUCCUACGACGACGGAAUCACCUGGGGCUAUCGACACCGGGUAUUCUGUCCGCCGCAAGGCCACAACGCCGGAUCACCGCAGAUCGCCUCGUUCGGCGACGGGUCUCUGGCCGUGAUCUUUAUGACGGAUGAGGAUUCGUCCGAGGUGCAGUGGACGAAAAAUGCCGCUAUCAAGGUGGUGUAUGCGGCGCCGCCGUGCCACGGUCGGAUGGCGUGGUCGCGUCCGAUGGUGAUCUGUCCGGAUGACAGUCACUGGCCGGGCAUUAUGGCCCUAGAUCAUCAGACGUUGGUGGCGACAUAUGAGUGUGGAGGGGCACCUCGAGCGAAGAAUAUUUCUUUGCAGAUGUAA